AUGGCUGAUUGUCUCGACUCAGACCUCCUGGUGAGUCAUCUGACCCCAACUCACAUGUUGACCUCAAAAUUCGCCUGUAAAAUUAAACGGCUCUCGCUAAUCCUCUGCGUUAACACGCUGUUCACUCCCGCGACUGUUUUCACUCUGUUUAAUCAAGCGCUGAACCUCCGUCAGCUCUGGAACGUGGUUGUAGUGGAAGGUUACAUCUCCCCCUCCCAAACUCCCCCUCGUCGCAGCCAAUCAUUUUCCCCACAAACUCAAGCUGGUCAAUCAGCAAACAGCCACAUCGACAUGCGUUUCGGCGCACACCAUUCAAACACCUCUUCACCACUCUUACCAACAAACACUCCACCGUCUUGCCAACACCACAUGGAGAGAACCUCCAUUGUCACAAUGAACCAAUCAUCGCACAGGAAUCCACCGGUCCCACUAUCCCAUUGGAUAGAUUUUCACAUCACGAGGACCCACAUGCCAAUGCUCCGUGUGGUUGCACUCUCCAUCCACACUCCAUCUUCCCAUCGACUCGCCUCCUCCAGUCCUCACUUCGCCUGCAUUUACACCGACCACGCAUCACUUCCGAUGUGA